AUGCGCCACGUCGGAUUUGAGCAAAAGCCAGUUUUCGAUUUGGCUCUUGUACGCCUGAAAAUUCGCAGUCUUCCCUCGUCAGAACACAAGAUCCUUCUCCUCCUCUUUUGUUUUCCUUGGCCGUCGAUUUUAAGGUUUUAUCUUCUCCGUUGUGAAACCACUGAAAGGGAAUUUACGAGGAGGAUUUGUUUUGUUUCUCCGGCGUUUUAGAGUUUCACGAUUU